AUCACUUUGUCAGCACCAAUGUCCAGAAAUAAUAUUGCAAAUUUAAAAAGUUCAUACAGAUGGACAAAAUUAAAUUUUGAUAUAGUUGGAUCAUGGCCAAGCAGUUCAUCAAAUAUUGGACAAUUUCGUGCUUUUAUAAAUUCUGUAUUAAUAACUACCCUUAUUCUUAUUCCAAGAUUUUCAGCAUUAUAUUAUAUUAAAAAUUAUCUUGAUGGUGUUGUAUUUAAUGCAUCGGGUAAUUUAAUUUAUAUUGUAUCAAUUAUAAAAAUGUUUGUUAUAUUUAAAAAUCAAAAAGUUUUAGCUAAAAUUUUAGAUGAUAUUUUGAGCGAAUGGAAUAAUUCAUUGGAAAAUUCAAAUUAUCAUGUUGUUGAAAAAUAUGCAAAUAUAUCAAAAAAUAUAUCAAUUUUAUCACUUUUAAUAUCAUGGACUGUAUGUGUGAUGGGUUGUCUAGCUCAGAGAUAUUCAAAUAUUGAAAUUGAUGAUUCAGUUGAACGACAUCCAAGACUUGCAGAGGAUAUGUUUUGGGUAAGCUAUUUUCCUUAUGAUAUACAUGCAACAAAAAUAAUAUUUGCAUUGCAUUGGACAUUACAAGCUUACGCAUCAGUUGUUGGUGCAACAAUAUAUGUUGCAUUUGAUUGUUACUGUUGUUUUUUAAUACUACAUUUAACUGGUCAAUUAACAAUAUUGCAAAUUGAUCUUCGUAAUAUUCAUCUUAAAUAUAAAAGCAAAAAUUAUAAUACUAAUAAUUUACAGUCAAAGCUCAAAAAAAUUGUCAAACGACACCAUGAAUUAAUACAACUUUCAGUAACUUUGGAAAAAUGUUUUAAUAAAGUCCUUUUACUUCAGUUGUUGACUUGUUGUUUAACAUUUGCAAGUCAAGGAUACUUGAUGAUUGGUAAACUCAUUAGGGGUGACAUGACUUUUUUUCAGACAGAAUUUGCUGUUGCAUAUACAACAUACACAGUUGUUCAUUUUUAUUUUUUGUGCUAUGCUGGUGAAAGUUUGAUACAAACGAGUAUGAAAAUCGGAUUUGCAGCUUAUGAAGCUGAGUGGUAUGAUUUAUCAACAAAUGAGGGAAAAUUACUUAUGUUUGUAACUUUAAAUUCAAUGAGAUCAUUAAAAAUAACAACUGGGAAAUUUGCUAUUCUAUCAUACGAGCUUUUUAUAACUGUUAUAAGAACAUCACUGAGUUAUUUAUCAGUUUUGCUUGCUGCGAAAGAUAGCAAAUCAUAA